AUGGCUGCCAGCAGUGGAGCGUCCUCUGCAGCCACCGUUCUCCUGCCUCCAGUGAAGAGCGUGGUGGUGUACAGGAAUGGAGAUCCUUUCUACUGCGGGCGGAGGUUUGUGGUCAACCAGCGACAGGUGGCCACUAUGGAGGCCUUUCUGAACGAUGUGACCCAGAGCAUCGGGGCUCCACUGGCCGUCAGGACCCUGUACACCCCUAGGCAGGGCCACAGGGUCACUGACCUCCAGGAGCUUCAGACGGGAGGCCAGUAUGUCGCUGCAGGAUUUGAGAGGUUCAAGAAACUGGAUUACCUCAACACAGGAGUGAAAAAGCAGCCUGUUGCCCAGGAAGGAACUCAGGCAAGACUAAUCCAGAGGCCAAAUGUCUCAGCUAAAUGGAGGAAGUUUAUCCCUGUGCCUUGCAUCAUACAUGUUUUCCGUAAUGGAGAUCCCCUGUGUCCGCCAUUCCGGUUCAUCAUUCCCCGGAGCUUGCGGCAGGACCUGGAACAGAUCCUGAGUCUGGUCACAGAGAAGGUCAGCUUACGGACCGGAGCUGUGCGCAGGUUGUGCAGUCUGGAGGGAGUGACAGUAUCCUCGGCAGGAGAACUGGAGACUGGCCAUUGCUACGUUGCCGUGGGAACUGAAAGAUUCAAGAAACUUCCAUAUGUGGAUCUCUGGGUUUCUAAAGCCACAGAGAGAUGUUACCCAGGAAAGAGAAGGCUGUUGCGGAGAACUGAGAACAGGAAAGCAGGAAGCGGUCCAGAAGACAGAUAUAGUGACUCAGCUCUCCUCGACUCCCCAGAGUCCGAUGGGCGGAGGGUGAAGUCUACGGGGGAUGAAGCUGCAGAGGUUGCAGCCCCACAAGCCACUCAGCCGAGGACGGACAGAAAGGGAGCAGAGGAGAGCUCUGUUUUCUAUACCAGGCCUGUCAAGAUCCGCAGAAACCGAGGCCAGCCAAGAACAUCAAUCAGCAGUGGACCUGUGCAGCCCAGUGUGUUUAAGAGGGGAGCACGGAGGAGGAGGGAAGAGGCACGAGGGGCCGAGGAGGUGCCCGAGGAUGAAAACACAGUGACAGAGCUUCCUGUGGAUCAGAGAGCGGCAGACAUAGUGGAGGAUGAGGAGCUGAAUGAGAGAGACGGGUUUCUGCCCAACACAGAGCAGGUGAAGUCACCUGAACAGGAUGGCAUGGAACAACAGCCAGUAAGAGAAAACCAGCAAACAUCUGGAGUGACAGCAGAACAUUCUGCCAGUGCUGAGGAGGAUUGUGCAUCUGCUGCUGCAGUAGUGAAGGAGCCUGAGCCAAAGCUGGCCUCUUCAAACUCAAGAGCUUCACCUUCCGCUUCUCUGGGUUCUCCAACCGGCGGAGCGAUCCAAGGAAACAACAGGGAGGGUCAGGGAGAAAUGGCAAGUCUUCACUCCCCAAACCCAAAGAAGGAGAGUCUGCAGGAUCCCCUGUCAAUUAUAGUAGACCAGCCCAGCUGUCAGGAAGGAGCGGCGGCUGAGGAGAACAGAGGCCACAUCAAGGAGGUCACAUCGUCACAAUAACACACGCCCUGCACGGAUAAGCUGAUGAACUAUAGCCAGAGGCACUGCAGAUAACCAGAGCAAUUACUGUUUAGAUUAUCUCUACAGUGACCUAUGCGGCUAAAUAAAUGUCAACAUGAAAUAGUAUUUGAACUGUGGUAAUGAGCUGAAUAACAACCUUAAUUUACUUAGUCAAAAUGUGAACUUGCUCUGUGUUCUACAGGGAUAUCCAUGAUGCAGGUAUU